AUGUUACAAAUAUUUCUAUCACAAGGGACCAUCGGCUUAGUGGACCAAGCAUUGAUUUGGGUAUUCCGAUGGAUGGUGACGCUAAUUUUUUCGAUUAGUUUGUGUCAUUACUUUGGUUGGAUCGAACGAUGGAUUUGGUGGAAAUUGGAAGACGAAGCAUCCAAGGUUUUGAAUCGCGCUAAAGUUACAGUAGGAAGCUUCCGCUUGAAUUUCGACGAAAUACUGCAAGGAAAAUUGACAAUCUUUGUAAGCAAUGUCAUUAUUCAUACCCCGCAUCGUGAGGAAUGGGGAUGGGAGUCGCCUUUGGUGGCUCGAAUAGGCAAUGCAAAAGUGGAGUGCAACGCCCCUAUUACCAUAUUCCACCUCGUUUUCUUCAAGCAACAGCUGCCUAUUGAGCUAUAUACUGUGAUAUUGGCCGACGUUCAGGUUUUUGUGGAACGCUACGAAUCUGUGUUUAACGUAUAUUUGAUGGAUCCAUGUUGCAUACUGCCGCCUGCGCCGUUCGAACAUGGAAGAGAGGCGACGAAACCAGAUAGCCCUAGAGUCGACGAUAUGUCAGUUAGUGAGCACCUACCUACGCCAUCCUUUGCCAGCGACAGAGGAGAUGAUCGUCAUCAUGAAGAGGCUCAAAAAUUGGUGGACGAAAUGCUCGAGUCAGUUGAGACUCUAGGUCGGGCCGCGAGACAAGGGACCUUUUCACAAACUGUUAGACAACAAGGCCUUGAAUUGGCCGACAGAAUACGGGAAGGCCUUGGCAAGGAGAGCCGUUCUAAUGCUGAAACGAAGCAGCAAUUGGCAGAUGGUGUCAGUGUACUCCGGACGGCUGGAAAGGUGGCUGUGAAUUGUCUGCAGUCGGCUCCGCAGCUUAUAGUACCAGAGCGGUUGGCCUCAGCCUCAAAACCCCCUCCACUAUGCCGGGUUGGAAGGAUUGUUCUCAAGGAUAUAAGACUAUUUACGAGAAAUAAUUGGAUUCAGCUACAAGAUGAGGAUACGGCUACUGGUGGUACUCCCAGCAAUUCCAACAACAAGGUCGGGUGGAACAAACCGAUUUUCAUUGAAAAUAUGAUUGUUCGCGCCUCUGAAAUGUGUCCUCCCAUGUCUCGGAAGGACAAGGACGAGCUUCCCGCUGUGUAUCAAACGAUCGACAAGGUCAUUGAGAUUGUUUGGAGACGAUUGUUGACAGAGAUUGCCAAAUCGAAUACAGGGAAGCUAUUUUCGACGGCAUUGUUUGAAGUUCUGGAUCUGAUGAAAACCAGUGCAAUCGGGAACAGCGCUCCAACAAGCACAUCGACAGAUGCCACUCCCAAAGCAGGUUGA